UCGUUCGCAUUUCUCGUUUGCUGUUGGAUGUGCAAGAGUAAUAUAGGGUCGCUUUAAUUUUAAAAACAAAAAAUUAAUUUAUUCAAUAGUUUAACAGCAAGAAAUGAAACAUAAAGAUCUAAUUUAAAGUGUGCCCUAAGUAAUAGUUCAAUAGAACGUUUAUUUUAUUGCUGCAAAAACGUUUUGUUAAAAGAAAAUUUUCACUCAACUUUUUUGUUAUCAGAAAGUGAAAAAUAAAGCAAACGACAAAAUAAUACCAGCGAGUAUUUUUUUAGAAAGUUUCAAAAAGGAUGAAACGUUAAAAGAAGAAAAGAAAGGAACAAAACUACGGUGAAAGCAAAACAAACCCAAUAAAUGUAUUGUAAACGGAAACUUUAAUGGGAAACAGUGUCAGUGCAUCCAGGAAUGAGCAGACCACAAAGUCGCCAAAGCAACGGCAGCCGCAGGAGAGUAUAUCAAAACAACUUGUGAGUGAACACGUCCAGGAUAAGGAAGACCCACAGCAGCAGAACCUUACUUACCCUAAAACUCACUUAAACAAAACACGAAGCAAAAGUACGAGCAGCAGCAGCAAAAAGCCAGCACUACAUGAAAUAGAACAUAACAGUGAAGGACAAUCAGCUGCUAGCACUUACGGAAAUCAACGUUCUAGACAGGCUUCCGCUUGGAGUUUUGGCAGCUUAAGUGGCCGUCUAAAUUGGAGCUUUUCUGGUGGUGCUAAUAGGAAUUCAUUUCACAAUCGCAAUAAGUCAAGCAGAAAAAGUUUAUCAUCGGCACAACAACGUCGCUCGAAGACUCCAUGGCAUAAGCCACUUACCAAUGCCAUAUUCAAUACGCAUUUUAAGGAAGCCAGUCGCAACGAUCAAUUCCACGUUGUACACUUGGUGGCCAAGGGUGCGUUCGGUGUGGUCUUCAAAGUAAUUAAUAAGCGCUACGCGCAAGAAUUGACACAACAACAACAACAACAAUCAGCUGUAACCGCAAGCAGCAACAGCACAACAACACCAUCUUUACAUCCUGCGCCUAUUUAUGCACUCAAAGUGUUGAAAAAGUCCAAAAUAAUCGAAGAGAAUAGUGUACAGCAAAUAAAAGACGAAGCGGAUAUACAGAAGUUGUGCGGUCAUCAUUCAUUUAUUGUGCAACAAGUGGAUUCAUGGCAGAAUCGUCGUAAUUUGCAUAUACUUUCGGAAUAUGUGCCGAAUGGUGAACUCUUCUCAAAAUUAACUCACUUCUCAUUGGAUCUCAUACGUGUGUAUUUAGCGGAAAUCGCACUGGCAAUCGACUUUUUGCACAAUGCUGGUGUAAUAUAUCGUGAUGUUAAACCGGAAAAUAUACUGCUCACCGCCAACUUUCACAUAAAAAUUACCGAUUUCGGACUUAGUAAGUGGCUACGUUUAGGCGCAACAACAAGGACUAUGUGCGGCACUUUCCAAUAUAUGGCGCCGGAGUUGUUACGUGGUGAGCCUUAUGGACAUGCCGUCGAUUGGUGGUCUCUGGGCAUACUCGCCUGUCAGAUGCUUAUUCAUAAGAGUCCCGAUAUUCGUACAUUCUUGGAAAUUGCCCUGCCUGCGGCCUAUUCAAAAAGGGACAGUAUUGAUCAUGUCACAGUUGCAACCACAUCAAUUUCCAAGGAAGUUGAUAUUACUCCAGCUGCAAAAACCGUUGUGAAUGAACAGAAACCACAAACACUGGAUGCACAAAACUUUCUACCACCUGAAAUUGAAGAACUUCCACAUGAGGCUAAAGAUGUACUAAAGCGACUGUUAGAAGUGGAGCCAAAACAACGUCUGCAUUCGGUUUUGUCCCUGCAAAAGAUUGCGCUUUACAAGAACUUUAAAAUUGAUUCGAAACAUUUGCUGAACCUCCGUCCAAUUGAUAUGAUAAGCCCUGAUGAUAUUGCUGCCUUCACACAAGACCCAGAGGAAGACAACUCCUGGGCAGAAGAACAAUUUGAUAAAUUUUAACUAGCAUGCCAAUUAAUGUACAAUUUCUAGGUUUAGUUGAAAUUCAAAGAAAAACUCGAAAAUUAUUCGAAUAAUGAAAUUAGGUUAAGUUUGAGGGCAUCUAAAUUUACCUACAUGUUUAUGUUUCCAAUAUGUGUCAUAUAAUAUAAAUAAAUGCAUAACAACCCAAAAGUAGUACUUCUUAUUAUUAUUUCAGUAUACUUCAAUAGUAUUUUUUAAUAAAAUUAUUUACGCAGUACUUCAAAAUUAAAAAAGAUAAUAGAUAGUAGUAUAAUAGAGAAAUAGUUGCACUGUAUUAUCAGCAGAACGAUGCUAAUGCAGUUUCUAGAAAUUGUUGAAAUUUGUGGUAGUAAUUGAGGAAUUGUUUUUUUUAUUCUUACGUUUAUCAAUCGAUCCGGAAACACUACUUUCAUUCAUGUACAUAUUUUAUAAAUUAUAAAUUCAUUUUUAUCUACAUUAAAGCAUUAUCUUUUUGUCACUUUCAGUCUCAAAAUUUGUUUCAAAGAAAGUUCAACACCUUAAUCACAGGAUGCAAUUGUUGAAAAUAAUAUUUACGUAUAUCCCGGAUGUGUGCAUGAUGCCACCAGAAACUCCUCUCAAAUGUCUCAAUAAAAAGCAACUGAUCGAAUGUCAGCUGCAAAGUAAAAUACCAGAGAACGUAUAAUAUAGAGAAGGUCCAAUUGCGGACAAGCGUGUGAAUUGUCAAAACCUAUCAAGAUUCUAUAAGCGUGUUUCACCACGGCCGGUUCGGAAGGAGAAAUAUUAACAGUGCCUUUUAACAGAACUGAGUAUUAAUUGAAAAUUAUGCUCAGAAGUUUACAUUUUUUUAAAGCGGAAUGUUAGCUAUUUGGCUUAUGUGUUGAUACAUUUAUAUACAAUCAUAUGAGCUGAUAUGAUUCUUAUAUAUGAAUGCAUCCACAAUUGAAAAUGACUUAUGCGUUUUCAGAGCCAUAUUUGUAGUAAAAACCAAAUUAAGCUGCAUACGUGUAUAUAAUGUUAUACAAUAAUUAACUUUCAUAGAUAUUUUUAUUUAUUUUUAUAAAAAUAUUUUUAUACUAAAUACAUUUCCUAUAUUACUAAAAUAAACAACAAAUUUCAUAACUUAAACUUGCAUAUACAUAUGUAUGUAUAUCUAUAUACAUAUAAGCAUUUACGUUUGUACAUAUGUAUGCAGAUAUGUCUUCAAAAAUUCGAAUUGUCUCAUUAUCACUUAUCAGUGAAGGGCAUGUCACAUGUGCACGCAUUGCUCUGUAUGCAUAUACAUACAUAUGUUUGCAUGUCACUGAACAAACACAUAAACUUACAUUUGCAUAUGCGUGCACGUAAGUUUGUCAACCACCACAAAAAAUCAAAAGCAUUGUUCUACAAAAACAACAAGCACCUCAAACGCAUAAGCAGCAUCACAAGUCAAUAUGGCAGCCAAUCGACGCUGCCAAAUAUUGUCGUAAACACAACAAAAACAUUUUCAUUCAUGAACGCAGGCGCACAUUCAUUUGGCAAAGUUGCUUCAUUCAUAAAAGCAGAGCCAUACACAUCUCCCCGCGCAUGCCAUGCCAACAAACGCCUUUUCGCGACGAUACAAAAAUCAUAAAUUGAAGAUUUUUCUAAUGUUCCCUGCAAAAGGAAAAGUUGCAACGCCGCAAAAUCUAAAAAAGGAUAAAAAUGGCAACAUAGCCCUUGAGUCGAUUUAAAAUAUUUUUCAGCAAAAAUUCUGUGGCUCACAAAAAUUUAUGUCGAUAUGUUUGCAUGCCCAUACUUUAUCAUACAUAUUUACGACAAGCCGAUUUUCUACCAACAACGCAAUGUUGCGUCGCUUUGGCAUCGCGCAGGCGGCCAUCAAUUUUUCGACACAUCGAGCUUCACAGGGCCGUUUCAUGUUAUCCCGCCGUAAUAAUAAUUGCGCUUAAUAUGCGUUGACAAAUAUUGAAGUAUUAAUGAUGUAUCUACACAAUUAAAUACAUUUUAAUAUUCUACCAAUAUAUUAAGACACAUUUUAAAUAAUUACUUUUGAUCUUUGUAAGAAACAAGGCAUAAAAAUUAACGUCAUAGUAUGUUGGGCAUCUGGGCCUUUUUGCCUGCGUACGCUCCACAAUCAUUACAACUCUAUGACAUGAAAACAAAAAAUCAUAAUCUUCGGCCAUUGGUUGACCGUGGCAACGAAGAUUUUAUAUAAAGCCAUGAGUGCACAUAUUUACAUAUAUAUAUUGAAUGUUGACAAAUUGACAUAUCUACACAAUCAGAAUGAUUCUUUGACAUUUGUUUACAUGCACACAUGAUUACAAAUGCGCGGAUAUUCAUGAUUUUGAGAUAUUAUAGAAAUUAUUCAUGAAAAAAAGUAAUUAAAUAUACAUAUACAUAUAUGGGCAUUUAUGUUACAUUUACAUAUUAUAUGUAAUAUUUUUAGUUUAUUAAAUAUUUCAAAGAUUUUAUAGAAUAAAUCAUUAUUUAAGUCAAUUAUUACAUAAGUACGCAUGUACUUUAAUAUCAAAUAUAAACAAAAUAUCCAUAAAUUACAUAUAUACAUACUAUAUGCAAAGUCGUUCGCGCAUUGUAUAUAAGCGAAUCUUUAAGCGUACAUUUAUUAACAUUGAAAUUAACACAAUUUUUCUCAUUUAAACAUGAAAACGCUCAAAUCUGUUAUUUUUGAGCCCUCUAAUGUUAAACUGUGGUGAAACACGCUUAUAGCUACAUGUGGUGAAACACGCUUAUAGAAACGAGUACCCCUUCGAAAAGCGGACCAGUGUGACAAUCGGCACACCAUGAACCUUCUCUAUAAUUGACAUUCUCUGGACCUUCUCUAUAUUAUACGUUCUCUGAAAUGAGCUACAUUAGGUGUGAUAGUGGUUAUAAUUAAAAACAUUUGCCAAAAAUACACGUCACAAAACCAAUUAGACUGAUAGCAAAGCACACGGCAGGAAGCGAAUGUUUGGGAUUUCCUGGCGCUGUCGGAGGCGUUGCCUUAAUUUGCUGCAAAUUUAGUGUGAAGUAGUAAAAUGUCCGCUGGAGUUGCUUAGCGCCAAUAAACCAAGCUUUGACCUUUGCAACGAAAGCAUUCGCUUUAAU